UCGUGCAGAGAUGAGCGGAGAGCGACCACCAAAGGUCUGACCAACGAUGGAGGACACCAUGACUGAAAGGAUACUGAACCUCACCCUGGAGAUCUUCUACCUGCUGACCGGAGAGGAUUCUGGGAGUCUAACAUGAUGUUCCUAUUGGUUCUCCAAUACAGAGAUGUCCUCUUCUGAAGUCAGGUGAUCAUAUGACCAUUACAGUGCCUUCAUGUGACUCCCUAAACCCUGAGAGACACAACAUGCAGAAGAUUCUAGAAGUCACCAAGAAGAUGAUGGAACUGCUGACAGGAGAGGUCGGUCUGGAAGGAGAUGUGAUGGACGAUUGGCAGUCCCUCUCGUCAUGGGAUCCUCCUGAAGAAGCAACACCUGAUGAGGGAUCUCCGUUCUGUAAAGAAGAGCCCCUGGAAGAACGGAACCGUCCCCCCACUGACUUCCCUCCACCUACCGACCUCACCCAGCAUGUAUCUGUUGAUAUCAAGGAGGAACCAGAUUCAUGUCCAGGUGAACUGGUAAUCAGUCAUAUUAUGGAGGCUCCUCUCUUACCUGAGAAGGAAAGUCUUCUACACACCGAGGUCUCGAUGGCUGGAGAUCUCCUACACCUCAAUGUGUUUUCGCAGCAUACACCUACUCACGUUAAGGAGGAACUCUUUACUUCUGAUGAAGGACCUCUAGAAGAACUUGAUGUUCCUACACAAUGUCCAUCGGCUCUUGUUCCCCAGGAGGCCUCCUUGGAAGGAAAAUUUACGGGAGGAGAAGCAAUUUGCUUCAAGUGGAACGUGGUUGACCCUCAGGGAGUUCAUCUACAAAAAAAGCCGAGACAGAUCCUCCCUAAACCCGGUCACACAAUGUAGUGACUAGAAAGCAGUUUUCGUGCACCGAAUGUGGGAAGUGUUUCCAGAGCAAUGCAGACCUUAUCCAGCACAGCCGGAUCCACUCAGGGGAGAAACCUUUCCAGUGCUCGGAGUGUGGGAAACUUUUUAGCAAACAAUCCAGUCUAGCCAUACACCACAGGAUCCAUACGGGACAGAAGCCAUAUUCAUGUUCUGAGUGCGGGAAGUGCUUCACCAGCAGGUCCGAACUGACCAAACACAACAGGUCCCACACAGGACUUAAACCGUACAUAUGCUCUGAGUGUGGGAAAUUCUUCACCUGCAGCUCCAACCUUUUCCGACACAAGAAGAUCCACACAGGUGAAAAGAAGUUCAUCUGCUCCGAGUGUGAGAAGAGUUUCCUGACCCGGUCACAAAUGGUCAUCCAUCAGAGGGUCCACACGGGGGAGAAACCGUACCCAUGUUCUGAGUGCACCAAGUGCUUCGUCAGCAGCUCCGACCUGGCCAAGCACCAGAGGAGCCACACCGGACUCAAGCCGCACAUCUGCCCCGAAUGCGGCAAAAGUUACGUCAGCCGCUCUGUCCUCACCCGCCAUCAGAAGAUCCACCGGAUGGAGAAACGCUUCUUUUGUGCCGAGUGCGGGAUGGGCUUUGUGAGGAUGGGGAAGUUCUUGGCUCAUGUCAAAGCCCACAGCCGACCUCGGACUUCUUCCAGGACUCUGAAAUGA